AUGGGUGGAGGUUCAAUCAGCCCAUCUUCAAAGCCCAUCCCCAACACCCCUCUCACUCUUCGCCGCGCGACGAUAGAUGACUUGGACGACAUCACCUGGAUAGCCGUAAACGGAUCACCAGAUGACCCAGGUACAGACUACAGAUUCCCAUACCGUGAUAAGUACCCAGACGACUUCUGGAAGUGGACAAGAAUAGAGCAUGAGGAAUUAUUCGAGCGACCUGAUAAACUCGUCAUUCUAUUGGUAACAGCGCCUGUGCUGGACGAUGGAGAAGUCAUCCAUCAGCCUGUAUCUUACGGAGUAUGGGAACUGAAAGUCACAAGCGAUUCCAUACCAGGAGAUCAUGGUAUUGACGAACGUCGCGACGCAAACAAAAAUCAUAUGGCAGCCUACGCCAAAGCCCUUCCAGUCGGUCUAAGGAAAUACUUUAAGCAAUUCGGUUCGGAGCAAAUUCCUUUGUGGGAGGUUGUUACGCACCCUGACUUUCGGAGGAGGGGAGCAGCUAGUAUGAUAUGUGAAUGGGGACAGAAGGAGGCGAAUAAAGAUGGGAAGAGUUUGAGUCUGUUGGCUACGCCUAUGGGAAAGGGGUUGUAUUUGAAGUUGGGGUAUCAUGUUCUUGGGAGUGUUGUUGUACAGGUUGAGGGGGAGGAGGAGAGGGUGGUUGUUGAUGCUAUGGUUAAGCACAAUAAGUGA